AUGGAGGAGACCGAGAACAAGACUAUUUACGCCGAAGCCGACCGUGAAGCUGCAAGAGAAGAAUUGACAAAAGUUCAAGAAGCAUACAGAAGCAUUGUCGAGGGUCCUGAUACCGAACUGGCAGACGAGGUCAAGAGAAGAAUUGGUCAGAGGAUUCGCGAGUUGGAGGCUGGUGUCAAGAACAUGGAGGACAUAGCCAUGAACCAGGACUAG